AUGACUGGUAAGUGGCGGGUGCGACGGGCCCGUAGUCUGAUACGUGAGUAUGAUCCCCUGAGUAAUCGACUGCCCAUGCUACGAAUCUUCCAGAAAGCAAAGCUCCCACAAAAGCGAAGUAGGGCUAAACUAAAGGUCAAGCAAUUCCGGAUCGGAUAUCCAGGAUGUCCACCCCUUUCAAUCGGUUUCCGGUAUUUCGUCCUAAGUAAUGAGCAUGCUAUUGCUAUGUCCAAUUGUUCAGUCUCUUCUUUUACCCCAAGCGAGUUGAAUACCUCCCUCACACUCCAACUCAUGUCUCCUACUUCGUACGAGAUCUAUUCGACUCGACUGGCACUUCGUGAAAGCUUGGUCCAACUAGGCGGCCAGGUACAAGGUCAGGGGCUUUCGUUCCAACCACGCCAGGCCUCAACUCCAACUGAAGCCGAUUAUCCUGACUUUGGUCAGCCAAGGAAAGCAAUGAAAGGGUGCUAUGGUUUUGGACUUCGUUAA